UUUUAGGAGUGCUGCCUUUCCCCCAAGACCACAGUGCUGAAAACAUUGCAGCUGCUCUGAUGUCUCUGGUAGUGGAGUGGGGACUUGAGGGGAAGGUUCAAUGCCUGGUGACUGAUGCUGCUGCAAACAUGCUCUGCACUGCAAAAAAACUAGCCAUGCGACAUAUUGUUUGCAUUGCACAUGCGUUAAAUUUGGUUGUUAAAAAGUCCCUGGAUCAAACGCCUGGCCUAGAAGAACAGCGUUCAAAGGCACGAAAAGUGGUGACCUAUUUUAGGUCAAGCACUACCGGAAAAGAAAAACUGAAACAUGUGCAACAGCAAAUGAACUGUGCAGUGAUGAAGCUAAUUCAGGAGGUGGAUACACACUGGAACAGCACCUUUUUGAUGUUGCAGCGCUUGUAUGAUGAGAGACAGACAGUCGGGGCAGCUCUGGCAUCACUUAAGAUGUUCAUCCUCUCUCUUCUGAGGAAUAUGAAACAAUCGCAGCAUGUCUCCAAGUGCUUUCCCCGUUCUAUGCAGCAACUGUGGAACUGUCCCAGGAGAAGAGAGUGUCAGGUUAAAUGGUGAUUCCACUUGUAAAGAUGUUAUUUCAAGCAACCCAGGAAGUAAUACUGAAGACCACAAAUGUAACAGCAACACUUCUUGGACGGAAUAUCACUGCAACCCUCAUAAAUACGUUUGAUAACCUUGAGAGCUCAACACUCGUGUCACUUGCCACACUGUUGGAUCCAAGAUUUAAAGCCAUUGGAUUUCACAGUCCAGAAAAGGCCCAAAAUGCUGCACGGAAACUUACAGCUGAAUGUGCAGCACUGGUCAGGCAGACACGAGUGGAGACUUUAUCAGAUCAUUCACCUCAACCAGCAACAAGUGCACAAAAUCCAUCCUCCUCAGCUUCCAACCUUUGGUCAAGUUUUGAUCGAGAUGCUGCACUGGCAAGAGCUCACAGGAAUCAUACAUCAGAUGCCACAAUUGAAGUUCAGAGAUACUUGUCUGAUCCUCCCUUGCAAAGAUCAGAUGAUCCACUGGCCUACUGGAAUGAGCACAAAAAUGUUUAUCCACAUUUGUUCUUGUUGGCUAAACAAUAUUUAUGCAUACCAGCCUCAUCUGUUCCGUGUGAACGUGUUUUUUCAAAAGCCGGAGAAGUUGUCAGCAAAAAAAGAAAUCGGCUAAGUCCAAAAACUGUGGAAAAACUCUUAUUCCUUAAUAAAAACCUCUGA